AGAAUGUCGACUAAGAGGUGAGAGGGAGGGCGAGAGAGAGAAAGAGAAGGGGAAGAAAGAUGUCUGUGUUGGGUUUGUCUUGGUCAUUAGUACCCGUGAGCAGGAACUACUAUACUGGUUUGAAAGACCAUCAUCAUCGCUUUCAUCUGCAUUCUAAAAGUUUAAGUUUUGACGGAAAUGGUUACAAAUUCCCACUAGAAAUCAAAUCCAACUGCCUUAAACGAUGUCGUCAUCAUGUUUUAGUUUGCAGUUAUCAAGAAGCACUUGCAGACCUUGCUCCAGCCGCUUCUGCAGCCUAUGGCUUCCUGCUCCUCUCUGGUGGUCUCUUUGCCUACACAAAAUCAGGAAGCAAGGGCUCACUUUUUGGAGGGCUCACUGGGGCAGCUUUACUGGCAAUAGCAUAUGGUCUCAUGCAAGCGCCAGAGACAAAAGCAAUUGGUGAUGCCGUUGGGUUUGGAUCAGCAUUCCUUUUCGCUUCUGUAUUUGGCAUAAGAUUGGUAGCUACUUCGAAGUUAGUUCCUGCAGGGCCUCUGCUUGGUCUCUCUGUCUGUGCGUUGUCUGUGUUUAUCUUGGCAUAUUUACGAGAUAGUCUUAGUGUGUAAAGUAAUCAUCUGAAAUAAGCAAACCCGUUUUGACAUGAAUAAUUUUGUAAGUUAAUUUAAUGUGAUUUUAGGACCUUU